GUUUUGGCGUUAAACCUCUUUGCAUGGCAUGGAUGUGAAAAUAUUUAGCACGAGAGGCAUUAAAUGCUCUUAAUUUAAAGGAAAAUGUCAGCCGGACACACACAGUGUCAGCCCCCCAUUUAAUCCCUUCCCAUAAUGCAACCUGUCAAUGCCUCUGUACAGUUGUGUUUCCUGUUUCCUGUUGUUACGCUUUUGUUUGGUUGUUUUUCCUUAAUCGUCGAGGCUUUGUGUACAUUGGUUUUUUUUAACACUAUUUUACAAAUAAAUGUGCGUAACGUCAACACGGAAAAUGUGUCGAGAUCGGUCGCCAGCCGUCGCAACAUCCUGCCUAUGAGGAAAUACCCCCACACGCGUCCACUUUCAGUUUACAGUUCGACAUGUAACGAUUCCACUGUAUUCUCAGAAUGAUUCUUCAGUUCUCUAAAUGUAACGUCCUUUAAACUUCAGAAUGAUUGUCCAGAGUGUUCUUUAAAUGUUAGAAUGUUUUAAAGAACGUUUUUUAAUUGUCAAAAUUAUUCUUCUGAAUGUUCAUUAAAUGUAAGAAUGAUUAUUCAGAAUGUUCUCAACGUAAGAAUGAUUCUUCUGAACGUACAUGAAAUGUAAGAACGAUUCUUCAUAAGGUUCGUGUUGGAAUGAUUCUACAGAACAUUCUCAAAAUGGAAAAAAUGAUUCUACUGAACUUUCUUUAGCUGUCAGAAUGAUUCUUCAGAAUGUUCUCAACAUAAGAAUGAUUCUUCUGAACGUUCUUUAAAUGUCAGAAUGAUUCUUCAGAAUGUUCUCAAUGAUUUGCUGAGGUCAAGAAAUAAAGCCUGGCACUGCUCCCUUGUUCAGUAACGACAGAAGGGCCGUGAAGAUCAGCCCUAAUGGAAGAGAUUGAGACAGAGCUGACCUACUCUGAGCAGGACGCUUUAGGGGCGGACUUCAUCACAGUAGAACUUGACACCCAGCCCAUCGAAUAUGUGGUCAAGUGGGCCGAGGUGGGUUCUAAAUUCACUAUAUCCUGCGUGAAAAAGGAUUUGGAUGAAGGUGCUUGCUUCACUUCCGAUCAGAUGGUAAAAGUGGAUCCGGAUGAGACGUUCUUUGUCCCAUAUGAAUCUGUGUUCCCAGAAUGUGAUGAGGCAGAUCCAGAUUUGAUUGCUACGCAUGAGGAGGAGGUGGGGAGUGAGUCAGACUUGAAUGACACCACCAAGCCAGGGAGUAGCCAGCUGUGCAAAGAUGUUUUUGAUAUUUCCUGGGAUAAGGAGGUGUCUCGGUCCAGAACCUAUCGCUGCCACAUUUGUGGCAAGACCUACAGCCAUUCCUCCAGUCUUGCCCGCCAUCUGCAUGUACACACAGACAGAUCAUCCCAUUUUUCAUCAAAAGAGUUCAGCAAGUUCGGCGACAACAAAAAGUCUCUCCAAUGCACUCUGUGCGGAGUGAGGUGCAAUGGCAAGCGGCUUUUGGCAAUACACAAGAAAUGCCACAAAACCAAGAGACUGCACACGUGCAACACGUGUGGCAAAACCUUCAAUCACAGCUCUAGUUUGUCACGGCAUAGAUUGAUCCAUAAAAAAGGCCUGGAUAAAACGGUUAGGCCAUUGUACCCAGCUCCAACCCCGGCUCCCAUCAUGACCCAGCACAGUUUCCCAUCAAAAAGAGUGACACUCUCAGGUGAGAGAGAGAAGCAGUACCAGUGCGUACAGUGCGACAGGGUCUUCGGCAACCCCACCGGCCUCUCCAAACACCAGGUGGCACACGUGCGACAGCUGCUCAACUCGUACACGCAGGGCAAAGAUGUUCUUGACAAGUCUUCGGACCUAAAGAUCCGCUUGAAGCUGUGCUCCCGUGACAAGCCCAACUUCUACACCCUCUGCAAGAAGAAUAAGGGCAAGAAAGGGGGCAAGAAGAGGUUGUGCUUGCCCAACGAGGAGCGGCCGUACCCCUGCUGCAUGUGCGAGAAGCGCUUCAGCCACACCAAGAGCCUAGCUCGGCACGAACACAUGCAUGCCAACGAGAAGCGCUAUGCCUGCAAUUUUUGCAAGAAGACCUUUAUCCGGCUGUCCAACCUGAAGCAACACCAGCAAACGCAUGCUUCGGGAAAACUCUACGAAUGCCUUCAGUGCGGCAAAACUUUUGUUCAUUCCUCCAGUUUCUCGCGCCAUAAGAAGGUCCAUGCUGGGGCAAAGCUGUCUCCGAAAGAGUGCGAAGAGGAACUGGUCAUUGACGAGACGGCACCACUGGAUUUUGAGUUUGAGUGAGAGACACCUGAGGUUCUGGAUCUGUCCUGGCACAGUUGACACGGAUGUUCUGGAACUGUCCAGGGCCAGCUGAUGGGAAGAAAUGGUUGUGUUUUUGAAGUUUUUUCUUUACCCCUUAUUCUUAUUUUGCUAAAGACUUUGAGUUAUAUAUUUGGGUAUGGCGUCCCUGGCUGUGUGUUCUUCAAUCUAAUAUUCUUGGUAUUGUCCCUUUUUCACUAGAGGGUGUAGUGGCAACCUUGUUAAUAUAAAAAAAUAGGUAUAUUUUUGUUGUUGUUGUUGUCAUUCCCUUUUGUUAUGUUUUCAUUCAGUUUACUGGCAGGGUAAUCAAAUGCCAGACAAUUUGUGUUAUUUAUGACUCUUAACUUUUAGGUGUCCACAAGAAGCGAGAAAUCAAAUGCUGGUGUUAUUUUUUUUAUUUUAUUUUUUUCAUGCUUGCACAAACAAAAAAUUAAGUACUUAUUUGGGAGGAAUAGUCAAAGACAAAGUAAGAUUGAAUUAGUAGGAAAUCAGAGUUUUGUAUGCAACCAAGGAAAUGUUUUAUGCAGUUUACUUGACCCAUUUUCCAUUAAGUGUGCAGUUUGAAUCCAUUAUUUCCUUUGUAAAGAGAAUAUUUCAUGACUUAAUUACUUUUCUCACCUACAGUCUCUUCACACAAGAGUGGAGUUUUCUCUUUGAGUCUUAAUGACAUUUAAAAAAGUUUAUACAGUUCAAUUUCAGCUGAGUGUAAACAGAGAACCUAUGCCCUGGGGUGAUUCGGUUGUUCUUUGUUUGUGUCUCUGGAUUUGAUGGAUCUUAUUGUGAUUCGGUUAGUUUGUGCAACACAUUGUUCCUUUCCUUUGUGUGUUUUGAUCUGGUUAUUUGUCAAAAUAUGAAAUCCAAUGUGUCACUAGGGGUUAUUUUUUAAUAAUAAAUUUGAUGCUUAUUGGACAUCAACAUGCACAAAUGCAUUUAAAAUGCUGUUCAUAUAAAUUUGUGUGUGUGUGUGUGUGUUUGCACUUGAUAAAUAUGUGGAUAUUCUUGCAAAAUUGGGUGCUUUUUAUGCUGUGUAUAUGUGUGAAAAAAUUGCACUUGCGAAACAAAGUUCUAUCUGAACUGCUUAAAUGAUUUAUUUUUCUCAUCAUAAGUUAUGGAAUAGCCAAGGGAUUUCAUAUUUUAACAAGCAUUGCACUAUUGUAUUUGUUGACAAAAAAGCACUAUGUUUAGGAAACUGGAACAUGCUAAUAGUAUGAUCCUCACAAUUUUGAAUCUCCAGGUUGAAACCUCAGAUGAACGAGGCACGGAAAUAUCUUCCAUGCAUUUUUAAAAACUGAUGAAGUGCCCUCAGCUACUUUACGUAUGUCAGACCAAAGCUCUUCAAUGCACACAUGCACUACUUAUUCUGCAGUUCAGUUCAUCUGAAAGUGUUUAGUCAGUCUUCUGUUCAAUGGUCAUAUACGCCGGGUUGUUUGCUUAACGCUUACUGUUUGAAUUGAAAUUGAAUAGAAAUUACUAACCUAUUUAUGGUGUUUGAAAUAUGAGGCUUUAUGGAGUGUCGAGUUGCACGUAGGAAGCGCAGAUUUUACUGUUAUACCCAGAUUGAUGAAAAAAAAAGACUCACAGACUCUACAUAAUUUUUGAGCUGGUGGUUGUUUCCUUUUCCUUUGUUCUUGAAGUAUGAAAGUAAUAUUCCCCAGUCGUUUGGAUCUUUUAUUGCCAUUGUUCUCAUUAUCUUUCAAUUCCUUUGUGUGGAAAAGUUUCAUCCCCUCUCCUAUCCUCACUCCUCAUAUUUUGAUUCAUAUUUGUCAUUUAUUUUUGUUUUCAAUUGCUGAUGAUUUUCAUCUUUCAAUGCAGCAGACCUACAUCUUGAAUCGAGAUGUAUGUUUUGUAUUGUGUUUGCCAUUAGAUUAAAGUUGAAGAAUUCUGUCCUGCAUUUUUUUAAUAAAUCAUUGGUUCAAGAAUCAUUGGUCUAGCAGCUGUUUGUGUUUGUUAUCUAUCUGUAUGGCUGGCUUGCUGUCUGACUGUCCGUCUGGCAGGCUGGCUGGCCAUCUAAUUGUUUUAUUGAUUGGUAUGGAUGGUAUAAACAAAUAAGGCCUUUGCAGUGCCUUUUCUUUUUUCACCUGUGGUUCUACACUCAGUCAAAAGAUGGCAGCACAAGUCUUUUAAAUACAGUAUAUCUUUGACUCAGUUUGCUCUGCGCUUUGUGAAGAAGCCCUCUGAAUCAAGACAGAGAUCUGUGACUAAUCUGAUCUUGUUUCAGCUAAAUGAGGUACUGUAUCAGUAUGAAAACCCUGCUAUUCUGGGGCAGAACUGAA